AUGGCAGCGCUGCCGCCGCUCAGGUUCCUCACCGUCAACCCGCGCACGAAGCACACCGCGACCGUCAUCUUCAUCCACGGACUUGGUGAUACGGGACAUGGAUGGAAACCGGUGGCAGACAUGCUCAGCCGCGACGCAGGCCUAGGCCACAUCAAAUGGGUGCUCCCACACGCACCGUCGAUUCCCGUGACGGCCAACAUGGGCAUGCAGAUGCCAUCCUGGUUUGACAUCUUCGACUUCGAUGCCCGCGCAGCCGAGGAUGAGCCGGGCAUGCUCAAGUCUGUCACCUCCAUCAACAGGCUCAUCCAGGCCGAGGUCGACGAGGGCAUCCCCUCCCACCGCAUCCUUAUCGGCGGCUUCUCGCAGGGCGGUGCGUUGAGCCUCCUCGCCGCCCUGACGGCGGAGCGCAAGUUCGCCGGCGUCGCGGUGCUCAGUGGGUGGCUCCCGCUGAGCAAGAAGAUCAAGGCCAUGUCCACACCGAACAACCUCCAGACGCCAAUGUUCUGGGGUCACGGGGAGGAUGAUCCGCUCAUCGAGUUCCAGUCCAUGGGCCUCAGCUCGGUCCAGUUCCUCAAGAAUGAAUUGGGUAUCAAGACUGCGGACCCGCAGGCUCCGGAGAAGGGCGGGCUGACGUUCUUCUCGUACGAAGACGUGCCCCACUCGACAAGCACCGAGGAGCUGAGGGAUCUGCAAGAGUGGCUGAAGAGAGCGAUGAAGCCUGAGGCCUGA